UCGGACAUGCGCUGUCUGCGCUACCUUAUCAGGGCAGCACUGAUAUCGCACGUGCGUUUGCCUAUAUAACAGCGUACCAAUAAACCCUCGACUGUUUCUUGUUCCUGCCAUCGUGUAGUUGCCUCGAUCUUUACCAGACACACGUCGCGCACGUUACAUGGUGUCAGAAGUGGUCACUUCGGGUCGAAGCGUGGAUACGGCGGAGCCCCAACGAUGGAACUACUGAAGGCACCGCCACCCUUGCAACUGACCGGUAAUCUCUCUGAGCAAUGGAAGCGCUUCAAACAGAAGUUUGACCUGUUCAUAGUGGCAACCACGACGAAGGAGCAACCCCGCACUGAAGCUGCAAAAGCGGCGCUCCUUUUGAGUGUGGCUGGUGACGAAGCACUUGACGUGUUCAACACGUUCAAGUUUGAAGCACAAGAAUCCAAGGAAGACUACUCAACAAUCGUUCAAAAGUUCGAGUCUUACUGCUCUGAGGUAAGCAAUGAAGUGCAUGAACGAUAUCUGUUUCGAUCAAGGAAGCAGGCAGAUGGGGAACCGUUCGAAAAAUUUCUUCGAGACCUAAAAAAGCAAGCUGCGCAGUGCAAUUUUGGAGAACAGCGUGAUUCAAUGAUCCGGGAUCAAAUAGUGUUCGGCACGAAUAACUCAAAGUUGCGCGAAAAAAUGCUUCGCGAACAACAGUUGACGUUAGUGAAAGCGGAAGAAUUUUGCAAGGUUGCCGAAUCUGUGGCGCAACGAAACGAGGUCUGGAGGGCCACGGACAGCCACAUUGACGCUAUUGCGGGGCCCGCAAAUGUACCGAAAAGCAGAAACGCCCAAGAUGGCAACAAGCAGUACCGCUGCACAAAGUGCGACCGGCGGCACCGACCGCGGCAGUGUCCUGCAUACGGAAAGAAAUGUAACAUAUGCCACUUGCCCAAUCAUUUCGCGGUGUGCUGUCGAGAAACUUCCAAAAUUGCCGAAGUCAGCAAAGACGACUUUGACGAUAACUUCGACAUCCUAGAAGUUGGUGUUGGGAACAGAAAUGUCAAGGACUGGCUAGUGGAAGCUGAGGUCAAGGGCAAGAAGCUCUCCUUCAAGGUAGACACCGGGUCACAGGCCAGCUUGCUGCCGUUUUCGGCGUACCGGAAAAUGCGUGCGGCGGGACCAUUGACUGCUGCCACCUCGGUACUACGGGCCUACAACGGAGGCGUCAUAACACACUUCGGAACAACGUCGCAGGAGGUGACGGUAGGAAAUACUUCCGCCACAGUCCAGUUCUUUGUCGUCAAACACGGCAGUCAAGCCAUACUAGGACUGGAAGCGAGUGAAGCCUUAGGCCUUUUUCAACGCACAGUGGCCACUGUAAGCGCCUCAACAGACUACGAAGCAGUGACGCACUUCCAGCACCUCUUCCAGGGAUUAGGCUGCUUGAAGCAACCAUACAGCAUGGUCCUGCAACCAACAGCGGUUCCUGUCGUUCAACCAGCGCGGCGUAUUCCACUGUCCCUGCGGGGCCCUGUUCAGGAAGAGCUGCGAAGACUGGAGCGCGAGGCCAUCAUCGUAAAAGAGAACGACCCCACGGACUGGGUAAGCCCUUUGGUUACCGUCAAGAAAAAGGACGGCAGAAUUAGAAUUUGCAUGGACCCCCGCAAAAUUAAUGAGCACAUAAAAAGAGAACACUUCCAGCUCCCAAGGCGCGAGGAUAUGGAAGGGGAAUUGGCCGGCGCAACUAUAUUUAGUUGCUUGGACGCAAACUCCGGCUUCCACCAGAUCGCACUUGACGAGCAGACGUCGAAAAUAUGCACUUUUGCUACCCCUUUUGGCAGGUACCGUUACCUCCGAUUGCCCUUCGGCAUCGCCUCAGCGCCUGAAAUUUUUCAAAGGACGAUGACUCAAGUAUUUGAGGGCCUUCCUGGUGUACAUGUGUACAUUGACGAUAUUUUGGUAUGGGGAGCAAACAAACAGGAGCAUGACCAGAGACUGAUUGCGGUCAUGAAAGCGGCCGAAAAAGCCGGCUUAACGUUCAACGCAAAAAAAUGCCGCUUUGGUGUUACGGAAAUACAAUUCCUGGGCGAUAUAAUUGGACGUGACGGCAUCUCGCCAGACCCAAAACUUAUCAAAAGCUUGCUUGAAACGCCGGAACCCCAAAACAAAUGUGAUGUUCAGCGCAUGCUCGGUGUAAUCAACUACUUUGCCAAGUACGUGCCACGGCUUUCUGAGCGGACUGCGCUUCUCCGAGCGCUUAUCAAAGCACAGUCAGUGUUUGAGUGGACUGAAAACCACAGAAAAGAGUGGAAAGGCAUCACUCAAAUUCUAACCACGACCCCCGUACUCGCCAUCUUUGAUCCUCAAAGGCAGUCCAAAAUAACAUGCGAUGCAUCAAAAGAUGGCAUGGGUGCAGCGCUCUUGCAGUGUUACGAUGGUGAUAAGUGGCGCCCCGUGGCAUAUGCAUCCCGUGCGCUAACACAAGCUGAGCAGCGUUAUGCGCAGAUUGAAAAGGAGACUCUCAGCAUUUCGUUCGGCUGUGAGAAGUUUCACCACUUCGUGUACGGGCACAAAGUUUUCAUUGAGACUGACCAUAAACCACUCCUAUCUAUUGCUGCGAAAGGGAUCUGCGACAUGCCUCCCCGCCUUCAGAGGUUCUUUUUAAGACUUCUGAAAUAUGAUUUCGUUUUGCAGUACGUACCAGGAAAACACCUCGUCUUGGCCGACAUGCUGUCAAGAUCGUCUCCGGCUAGUCACGAGGACAUCGCUGGCGCCGCUGACGACGUGGAAGUGCACGCAGUGCAAGUGCUGGGCUAUUUGGUCACGGACGCUACGCGACAGAAGCUGGUGCAAGAAACUGCUCGUGACGAUUACUUGAGCACUGUCAUCUCCAGCUUGUCAAGCGGUGAGAGCCUGCAGGGUGAACUAAAGCCGUUUUCGUCAGAGCUUUCCGUCGUGGACGGUAUAUUGCUGAAAGGAACAAAAGUGGUCAUACCGAAAAGCAUGCGACGUGAAAUCUUAGGACGAAUUCAUACUGGGCACCUAGGAUUGCAGAAAUGCAAAGAAAGAGCACGACGUUUGGUUUUCUGGCCCGGGCUCAGCAGCGACAUAUCCCUGCUGAUUCAGAGUUGCUCUACUUGUCGGAAGUUUUCAUACAAGCAACCGAAAGAACCGUUACUCAUGCGCCCAAUCCCAUUAUGUGCAUGGGUUCGAGUCGGUGUAGACAUUUUUUCUUUUGGGGGAAGUUCGUACGUCGUAGCGUUUGACGCGCUUUCAAACUUCCCGGAAGUCCAGAAGCUCCAGGACACCACUGCAAGAACAACAAUUUCCGCACUUAGCGCUAUGUUUGCCAGGUAUGGCGUACCUCUGGAGGUGUGCACCGACAACGGGCCCCAGUUUUCAAGUUAUGAAUUUGCAGAAUUCGCAAGAAAAUAUGACUUCGCUCAUGUAACAUCAAGUCCGCACUUCCCACAGUCCAACGGUCUGGCAGAGAAAGGGGUACAGAUCGUGAAACGCCUCCUGAAGAAAAGUGAAGACUCACACGAAGACUUUUGGCUAGGCUUGUUGGCCUACCGCUCUACACCACUUGUGGAUGGCCGAUCACCUGGAGAACUUCUUCAAGGCAGGCGUCUCAGGUCGAAUGUACCAGACUUUGGCGACGUGCAGCCUACGUCAGUCAAAAAGCAUCGUCAGAACAACGACGGAAAGCAUUUAUCACCCUUGGAUAAAGGGUCGAUCGUAAGGCUUAGGGACGCAACAUGGUCCCCGAAAGGUAUUGUGAUGGGUAGAACGUCUCCAAGGUCCUACGACGUGGAAACAGAAGGUGGUCGGGUGUUUAGACGUAACAGACGGCAUAUCCUUCAGACUCGCGAACAGUGGACAGCAGAUGAGAGUGAUGAUGAUGACUGCGGUUCGUCCGAGAGCAUGUCCGCUGACUCUAGUGCAAGUACCUCCGUUGAUGUUACACCGUGCCAGCCUACACACCCGCAUCCUCAAGCGUCGUCCGCCGAUGGCCCGACACCAACUGCAGCGCACCACGUGCCAUCUCCUCCUAGGUCGACGCUAGUCCCAAGAAGAUCGGGUCGCACCAGUAAGCCACCGCAGCGGCUUGGUUACGACACGUCCUUUAAUCAAGUAACUUGA